UUCAUAUUAAGCGUAAGGUUGUUGAAGAGUGAGGAGUGGAGAGUAAGUAAAGAAAAAGAAAAAAAAUAUUAGAGCCAAGAGCAAUCGUCGCGUUGGUUGGUGCGCACGUUAUAUUAGUGCUCGACUAAAGUUAAACGAAGAGCAGAGGUAGAGGGAGUUUUGCGGUUGAGUCUGGCGGCCAUUGCAAGUAAUCUCUCGUCGUACGUUCUGAGCCGCGUAAGCAUCGAGACUAAAUCUGUGUUAAACAUCAAAUUGUCACGGAUAUUUCGAGUUUUUAAAUAAACUCAAAUCAAGGGCCAUUUUAGUCGCGAGGUGCACCCAGUGAAGCCCGGGACGCACAAAAAAACCCGGCCCGAUGGCUGAAACGGAUAAAUUAAACAUUGACAACAUCAUCGCUCGGCUCUUGGAAGUACGAGGAUCAAGACCUGGGAAAAAUGUCCAGCUAACGGAGGGUGAGAUCCGUGGCCUGUGUCUCAAGUCGCGUGAAAUAUUUCUAUCCCAACCGAUACUACUCGAGCUGGAGGCACCGUUGAAAAUAUGCGGUGACAUUCACGGUCAGUACUACGACUUAUUGCGGCUUUUUGAAUACGGUGGGUUCCCACCGGAAAGUAACUACCUCUUCCUAGGCGACUACGUCGACAGGGGGAAGCAAUCGUUGGAAACAAUAUGCCUUCUUCUUGCGUACAAGAUCAAGUAUCCCGAGAACUUUUUCCUGUUAAGAGGAAAUCACGAGUGUGCAUCCAUCAACAGGAUAUACGGUUUUUACGAUGAGUGCAAACGUCGUUACAAUAUUAAACUAUGGAAGACAUUCACGGACUGCUUUAACUGUCUACCCGUGGCAGCAAUCGUUGACGAGAAAAUAUUCUGCUGUCACGGUGGACUCAGUCCUGAUCUACAGAAUAUGGAGCAAAUAAGACGUAUUAUGCGACCGACUGAUGUUCCUGAUCAAGGAUUACUCUGUGAUCUUCUUUGGUCUGAUCCCGACAAAGACACUAUGGGUUGGGGUGAAAAUGACCGUGGUGUAUCGUUUACAUUCGGUGCCGAGGUCGUUGCCAAAUUUCUACACAAGCAUGACUUUGACCUCAUAUGCCGUGCGCAUCAAGUCGUCGAAGAUGGUUACGAAUUCUUUGCAAAACGACAACUGGUGACGUUAUUCUCAGCGCCAAACUACUGCGGUGAGUUUGACAACGCCGGUGCCAUGAUGUCGGUCGACGAUACGCUGAUGUGCAGUUUUCAAAUCUUAAAACCAGCAGACAAGAGGAAAUUCGCGUAUGGUGGCCUCAACUCUGGCCGACCGGUUACGCCGCCGCGAGGUCCCAAUAAUAAAAACAAAAAGAAGUGAAUGAGAUUCCCGGGAGCGUAAUUUAUUGACGCGGAGUUUUUAGGACCUCAAACCUCUCUUAUUAUCAACCCAGUAACACAACACCAUCAUUCACUCUCCACCUACUCCCGUCCCUACUGUCAUUGAUCUAAACAACAACAACAACAAACAACAAUCAUAAUAUUAAUAUUAAUAUGACUAAUAAAAGUUUGAGUAAACAAUAUAAUAAUGAUAACUAAAACAACGCUACACUUUACUGAUCUUACAACGGAAGCACCUCGCGACUCCGGCCCUUGUUCAACAUGACACUAAAGACCCAUUGUCAUUAACCAACUUCGGAUAUUAAUAUUAAUAAUAAUAAUUAAAUAUAUAUUAAAUAAAAAGAUAAUUAAAAAAA